AUGAAGUGGGUUGAUCUGCCAGCAGAUGUACGGUCGCUAAUACUCAAGGAGAUCGCAUCGCGCCGUGAAAUUGAUCUACAUCGCUUGGGCGAGCCGGGCGGCCUUUUCCUGCUGCAAGAUGAUGAAAACGAGCUUGUUCGGAGGGACCUUAAAUCAGAGGACUGCGGUGCAUGCGCUGCUUACGAGGACAUCCGAAAUUGUCUCAAAGUUUGCAAGGGAUGGAGAGAGCUCAUGACUAAGGUCUUAGUCGUGUAUGGCCCAACUGAGUUUGUCAUUUCCAAAGGGAGCGAGCACCAGGCCACAGCUGCCGUAAGAUCCUGGUUGACCAGGAAAAAGCGAGCUGGGAAUACGCGGCCCGGCUGGCAUAUUGGACGGCAAGACCUACUCGCAUUGUCGAUCCAAAGAGGGUUCUUGGAUUGCAUGGCGUUGCUUAUGGACCAAUUUUCUUACCAGGAGCUCCUGAGCCAUUGGGAGGAGAAUCAGUGGACAGCAGGAUGCUACCCUCAUAUCUCAGUCUCAACCGGGUGUACAGCAGCACUGCAGCUGCUGCACAGACGGGGAAUAAACCUCGAUCAAGCAGAUUGGCAAGGACAACAGACACCGCUCAUGGUCGCUGUGCGUGAGAGCCAAGCACAGGUUGCCGAUUACUUGCUCAGUGUGGGCGUUAGGAGAGAUGUGAAGCUGUUAUUGACCACGAGAGACAGUCAUGAUGAUGACUAUGGAGCACCCUAUACCAUGUUUAUGAUCGAAUGGGCGGCUUAUUAUGGUACAUUGGACAUGGUCCAGGUUUUGAUCAAACACGGCCUCCAUCUAAAGCGGCCAUCAGAAACGCCUGGACCAAAGCCUUUGCACUGGGUCAUUCAGCGGCCCGACCUUGCGCUUGUGGAGGAUAUAGCUCUCUUGAUUCUUGAGCAUGUCGAUCUACCUUCUGAGUCUCAGUGGAGUGGUUCCGUGCUUCUAAAAGGUGCUCUUAAGAAUCGUGCAUCCACUAAUCUGAUUCGACGUUUGGUAUCCAGCGGGAUACCUGUUAAUCAAGAUUCAUAUCUCCCUCUUGAGUACGACCAUUCGCCCUCCAAUCUGCUUCGACCUUUGCAACUCAUCGAGAUACCUGUUCAUAAUGAUUUGUAUUUCCCUCUGGACCUGGCUGCUGAGCAGGCUUCGGAAGAGACGAUCCGCCUGCUCAUUGACAACGGAGCCAAGUGUACACUGGAAGCAGUUAACGCUGCCCGGAAAAGAAACAGGGCGGACCUAGUGGAUAUAAUUCUACCGUGCUGCCAGUUCUUUUACAAACAUACAUUAAAGGACCACGCUAUCAACGGGAACGUGGAAAUGGUCGGGACGUAUCUGGCAUACGGCGCCGAACUAUAUCCCCCAGGAGAUCGCAAAGACAUACUAUGUUCCGUGGCCUUCAAAGGGCACGUAGAAGUCGCCAAACUCCUUCUUGAGGCUGGCGCCGAUAUCAAUGAGGAGUGCAAGAUCAACGAAACGCCACUGCUCAGCGCGAUUUUUGGACAUCACGCGCACAUGGUUGAAUUCCUCCUGGCACACGGCGCCCCGGCCCAAAGCCUCCGUUACGAGCCCUUGCUCGCUGCAAUCGAAGCAUAUACCCCAAGGUGCGAUCCAUGGGUCCAGCCCGACGAGUUCGCCGACACCACGAAGGCUAUUAUCCGCCUCCUCGUUGCCCACGGUGCAGAUGUCAAUGCGGAGUCGAGUUCCUACGGUAGAGGCGCUCCCCUUCACACAGUUGUCAAUCUUGGGUUUCUCGACAUUGCAGAGUGCCUUAUAGAGAAUGGCGCGGACGUUAAUCUGCGUGUGGGAGACUAUGGAACCCCUCUCCACGUAGCCGCUCUGACGGGCUCCCAAGCAAUGAUUCGCCUUCUCUUGAAACACGGUGCAAAAGCGAAUAUCACAUCCGGCAGCCAUGGGCGUCCUCUCCAAGCGGCUAUCGCAUGCGGAUCAUUGGCAUGUGUGAAGCUGCUUCUUGACAAUGGUGCCGAGGCCUCACUAGAUGGUGGGGCUGGAUAUCCAAGCGCUUUGGAGAAAGCUCGGCGCUGCUGGGAAGACAACCAGAAUUGGGAGAGAAGGGAGAUCCUCGAUUUCAUACACGACUACUUUGAGAAUUGUGGGCUCUUCGAGGUGCCUGAUCGGUUUUGA